AUGUCGGCGCCGAAUUCUUCACACCUUGAACUUUCAAGCGUCCGACCCUUAUUUGGAGGACUCGUCAACCUACGGCCCAAGCUCCCCAAGCAACCUCGAUCACCGGCUGGCCGCAAGCAUCUACUCUCAACAGCUUCUCCAGAUCUCAUCAUUAACAUUCGCCUAGCUUCCUACAUCGGCAUCAGUAGCCAAUACGCCAGGAGCGGUAUGGAAGAUCAGAAGGCGGUUCACUCGGAUAGGGAAGUGCUUCCACAAAAACCUACACAAUGGAGUACCCCAGACGACAGACCUUUGCCAAGUUCUUUCCCGCACGCCAAUGAUCUGACCGAUACGGACGAUGACCCAUCGGCCAUGAAGUCCGUCCUCAGCAUCGAGAAGUUCGUCCUUAGCAUCGACGGCGGCGGGAUCCGAGGAUACAGCUCUCUCGUCAUACUGCAGGCACUCAUGGAAGAAGUUGGAAAGAUUGAGCGAGCACGCGACCCGAAGGCAACUUCCAGCAUCUUUUCGUCGGUUCUUGGACCUCUAGACGAUGAGAUUUGCGCCGCCCCAACCCCUAAUGCCAUGCCGAAAUCUGAAUAUUGGCCUUGUCAUUACUUCGAUUACAUAGCCGGUACAGGUACCGGAGGUGUGAUCGCUAUGAUGUUAGGCAGGUACAGGAUGAGUGUCCCUGAAGCAAUGGAGAGAUACAGAGACAUGUAUGCUACGGUCGUCAAGCAACAGCCCGUAUCACCUUUGCCAAAACAUCGAUUGCGGAAGUCUGUCUUCCUAAGCAUUCACAAGGGGCCACGACGGUCAAAUCCCCCGGCAAUGAAGCUGGUCCCAAAUUUCCCAAGUCCCAAUGAGGAUCAGGUGCAUCUCCAGUCAGACCCUAACAGAUGUCGUACAAUCGUCUGUGGCUGUGGUGCCAAACUGCAACCUUUUCGAUCUUACGCCAAUCCUAGCCCUCCGAGAUUUGUCAAUGAUAUUCUUGUGCAAUGUGUAGAUGCAGAACGGUCUCGUGAAUCAUACUGCAACGCCAAGCACUUUUACAACAACCCAAGUCGCACGGUUCUAGCAAUGGUAUCUCGCACGGUACGAAAAGAAAUAUCUCACACCUUGCUAGAAGAGCUAUCUGGCACGGUACGAAAAGAAAUUUCUCGCACGUUGCUAGAAAAGGUCUCUGGCAUGGUUCAAAAAGAGGUAUCCCGCAUGACGCGAAAAGGGGUGUCUCCCACGAUACUAGACGAGGGAUCUCGCACAGUACGGGAAGAGGUUUCUCACACGUUGCUAGAAGAGAUAUUCGGCAUGGUGCAAAAAGAGGUAUAUCGCGUAAUGCGAAAAGGGGUAUCUCCCACGUUGGUAAAGGAGAUAUCUCGCACGGUGCUGGAAGAGAUAUCUGGCAUGGUGCAAAAAGAGGUAUCUUGCAUGAUGCGAGAAGAGGUAUCUCGCACGGCGCUAGACCGGGUAUCUCGCACGAUCCGAGAUACGAUUUCUCACACGUUGGUAAAGGAGAUAUCUCGCACAAUGCUUGAAGACAUAUACUCAUUACCCAAUCAUGACUUCUCUGGAAAGGACGGUAUCCAUCUACUGAGCAUCGGCGGUUCAAUCAAUCAGCCUGUCGACCCCAGAGCCGACAAAUUGCAACAUCAGAUGAGCACUCAAAUCCAACGGGUCCACGAAGAACAACUAACCUCGUCCCGGUACCUCAACCCCGCCCACUACUGCCGACUCGACGUAUCCGGCACCGACCUUCAAGACAUCGGUGUGAACGGAAGGGAACCCGAAAGUCCAGACCAUCGAACCUUUGGCCGAAUCGAAGCAUCAACCAACACCUACCUCCGAAACCAAGUCACGGCGGACAACCUCCACAACUUUGCCGCAGCUCUGGUCGACGGGCGAAGGCUUCGGGCCCGGACCUUGCAGUGGGAGCGCUGGGCCCUGGGCGUCGUCUACCGGUGUCCCGAACCCGGGUGCGAAGCAUGGGGCGAGCGGUUCGCCGACCGGCUCGGGUUCUGGACCCAUAUGUUGAUGGCGCACGGUGCGAGGCAUGCGUACUACGACCCGGCCACGAGGAAAGAGUAUGAAGCGAUGGGUCGGACGAGGGAGGGGAAGGUGAACACGGAGAUUGACUGCGGUGAGAUUUUGGACACGGGAGCCAAAAUGAAGGAUCUGAAAGAGCGUGUCGCGGCGGCGAAGAGGAAGAGGGAGCAGGAUUUGAGGCACUUGGCGAACAAGGCGGUGGAGGGGUCGUUGGUGGAGGAUUGGAUACGGGCUGGAGGAUAG